AAAAGAUGGGGUAGUUUUAUAUCCUGAGAGGUGGGAUUAUAUUUGCUUUUAUGUUUAUUUAUUUGUUGACGGAACAAGGUUAACUGACGAGUAAUUUUUUAGGGUUUCAUUCUGCUCUGCCCACUGCUCGUUAACGAGCAUGAAGAUGAGAUGAUGCACAACUGGGAAUGGAUCCGCCCUCUCUUUAAACAGGUAGCUUCUCCUCCCCAUUCUUCAAAACAAUAUAAAACCUCAUCUCAACACACACUCAAACAGGAGAAAUUGCCUCACAAAUUUAAUGUUGUGCCGUUCGCUCAGUCCAUUACUGCCCUCUGUAAAUUGGGAAACACAAACAAUGCAUGGGAACUUUUACAUUCAGCCAUAACUAAACGCCUUCCUCUCAAUGUUGUUACCUUCAACGCGCUUUUAGAUGGGCUUGGAAACUCUGGUGAUUUCUUUAGAAUCAACUACCUUCUUGUUGAAAUGAAAGAGAUGGAAAUAAAUCCAAAUGUUAUCACUUAUAGCACCCUCAUAAAGGCUUUGUGUAAAUGGGAUCAAAUUGAGGAAGCACUUGGGAUUUUGCACAAAAUGAGGCAUGCUUGUUGUUUUCCUAACAUUGUUACAUACAGCACUCUGAUUGAUAGGAUCUGCAAAAGAGGUAAAGUAGAUGAAGCACUUGUUUUAUUUGCUGAGAUGAUACAAGCUGGCAUUUCCCCUAAUAUUAUUGUGCGCAAUACACUAAUUAAUGGUCUCUGCAAUGCGGGGAGAGAAGAUGAAGCUGUGAGGUUAGUAGCUGGAAUGAAAUAUAGUUAUUGUUCUCCAAAUAUAGUUACAUAUGCCACCCUGAUUGAUGGUCUUUGCAAAGUAGAAAGAGUAGAUGAAGCCCUAGGAUUAAUAGCUAAAAUGGUAGAAGAUGGUCAUUUUUUUAGCAGCUACAUUUAUAAUAUCAUGAUAAAUGGCUUUUCCAAGGCUGGAAAAGUGGACAAAGCCUACAAUCUGUUUGUACAAAUGAUGGAGUUCGGUCCUUUGCCCAAUGAAGUGACAUUUAGUACAGUUAUUAAUGGACUGUGCAAAGAUGGUAGGAUGGACAAGGCUUGGGAUUGUUUCCAUGACAUGUCCAAAAAGGGUUUACAGCCAAAUGUAAUUACUUAUAAUUCUUUGAUACGUGGUCUAUGUGAAUUAAAUGAGGUCGAAGAGGCUCAAAAGUUGUUCAAUGAGAUGCUAAGGGAAGGUUGCUCCCCAGAUGUUGUUACCUACAGCAUUCUAAUUGGUGGUUUAUGUCAGGGUAACAGAGAAAGAAAAGCAUUUACGCUUAUUUCUGAGAUGGAAAACAGGGGACUUGUUCCUGAUGUAAUAGCAUAUACUACGCUAAUACGUGCAUUCUGUAGAACAAGAGACAUGAACAUGGUAGGAAAGAUGUUAGAGGAGAUGGAAACAAGGGAUGUGAAACCUGAUGAAGUGACAUACAACAUUGUCAUUGAUGGUCUGUGCAAGGCAGGGGAUCUUUCUAGAGCACUUUCACUCAUGAAGAAGAUGCCAGAUGAAGGCUUGACUCCUAAUGCAACCACUUACGCUUGUCUGAUUGAUGCCCAUUGUAAAAUUGGUGAAAUAGAUAAGGCCUUGAAGUAUUUUUUUUCAAACAUGAAAGUGAUUGGUAUUACUCCAACUGUCGUAAUCUACAACAUAUUGAUUGAUUAUUUUUGCAAGGAAAACGAAAUUGAUAUGGCUUUCUCAAUGCUUAAUGAGAUGAGAUCAAAGGAUUUGGUUCCAGAUGUUAUCACAUACCAUAUUUUAUUACGCGCCUUCCGGAGAAGACAGGACCUUGAAAAAACUCUUUUGUUGAUGGAUCGAAUGAAGAAAGUAGGCUGUGCCCCAUGUGAUGCAAUUGUCAGAAUACUUGACUGGCUGCUUGAUGUUGGUCAAAAGAAAACAUUGAGAGACUUUGUAAAUGAUGAUUCUUUUAUUAGUUCAACAGAAUCUGUGCAACGUGGCAUUUUGUAAAAUAGUUUACGUGCCUUUUCUACUCUUCCAUGUUUUUCAUACAUCCCUAUUAGAGUUGUUUUAACAUUAUUACAAAGCUCCCGUUUCAGCGUAGGUAGGCCUUUGUUGCUACACCAUUUGUGUAAUUUCUAUAUUGAUUCUCAUCUAUUUUUCUGAUUUAAUUUCUCUGUUUUUAUCUGCAUCAGAAGAUUUAUUGGAUCGAAUGUUUGUGCUCUUGGCACCUCUAAUGUUUGUUGUCUUGAAACGUUUACAUUUUCAUGCCUUUCGCUUCCAAUCUCCUGCUAAUUCACACUCUUUUGCCCUCAUUCACUAUUUCUUCUUUUCCUCUGUGGUUUAACAGCUGUAACAAGUUGUUUGAUCAUCGCAUUUUCUUGGUAGAUGUGGUCUCUUUCACAGCUUCCUUUUACUUUUCAUCUGGCUGUGCUGAAUU